AUGAUCGAUGAGAACCUGCCCACGUUCUUUCUCAAGAACAACUCGCAGACUCCCCAGCAGAGCACUAUAUACCACCGCCAGCAUGGAAACGACCCUGAGCCCGCAUACUCUCUCCGUUACUUGGACCCCGCUACCCCCGCGGCGCAGAACCGGUACGGCGUUGCCCUCUCCGAUCCCUACGUCCCGGACGUCGUCUACGGCGAGGUCGCCGUGAUUCCCGAAUGGACACAGCCAUCGUUGUCAGCAGAUACCAUCCGAGCCAACGGAGGCGCUCCUCCUCCUCCCGAGCCUAUCCUCCCGACCGAGUUUACCAUCCAACUGUACAACCCCGACCAGAAGAUCACCGUGAAACAUCAGCCCAAGACAUGGAACAAGCCUGCCCGGUGGGAGUUUGAGAUGCCCCAGCGCACUUUCCGGUUCCCCUCUGCCUCAACACUGGACCGAACACAGAGCGACCCGGCCGCCGCGGACGUGACACCGAAGUUACGUUUUAGUUGGCGCAAGGAUGGCAAAUUGUCAAAGGAUCUUUCCUGUCUGUUACACGGCAAAUCGUCGACGAUCCCAGAUACCCAGAAGAAAAGCCGGGAGCCUGACAUCACGGUUGCGCUCUUUCAAGGCCUGCGCGAGUUGACCCUGUACGAGCCGAAUCUUUACCGAGUGGAAAUGGAGGACUUUAAGGGAUUGGAGGUUGUCCUGCUGCUUGCCGCAGUUGCUAUUCGCGACAUUUUCUUUGGUCCCGCUAAGGAGGCAUUUCAUAUUACUCCUGGUGGACCGACCAUGGUGAAUGGGAAGCCCCAAGUGGCUGCUACUGCUGCUCCUGCUGCUGCUCCUGUUCCUGCCGGUCGAAAGAGCCCCAAGGUCCAAGCUGCCGGUGCAGCGCCCAAUGGAAAACCACCCCUUCAGAAGCUCAGCAUCCCAUCAUCCCAGUCACCUGCUCCGCAGGCCAGACGAAAACAAGAUGUUCUCGCGCAGGAGGAAGCGCGCCGAACCCAGGAGCUUCUGGCCGCGGAAAAACGGGCGCAGGAAAAGGCACGCCAGAAACGCCAGGCAGAGAUCGAUGGCGAAACGAAACGGUUGCAAAAGCUAUAUGGGAGAGAGGAGCAGCAAGUCCGGACACAGAAGCUCCAGUCAUCACCUUCAUCUCGACCAAACCUUCCCCCACGUCACAGCGGGCCUUCUCGCCCUUACUCUCACCAAUACUCCCAAUCCUACUCUUACCUCCCUCAACAAGGACCUCCUCAACCUCCCCGUAACUUGCGUCCUCAAUAUUCCCAGGGUGCACCUGUUCCCACCUUCGCCAAUGGCCCGUACCUUAAUGCGCCUGGCCGAGACCCACGGGUGCAGUCGUCGGCUCAUCUCACGGCGGCCCGGCCCCAGCCUCGACCACAGUCCACAGUGGGUUUCUACCAGGCUCCAACUAGCAGUGGAGCAUUGCAGCCUGGGGCGCAGCCGGGGAAACAGGUGCAGCCCAAGAAAAGCAGUUUCUUUGGAUUCCGGCGCAACAAGGAAGAAAGCAGUGGAGCGCGUUUGGAUAAAAAGCGGAGUUCGAUGUUUUGA